AUGCAGAAUUCGUCGUGUGCAGAAUCAACUGAAACGAUGGAAGUGACUGUGAAAGUGCCAAUAAAUAUUGCCCUUAUCAAAUAUUGGGGUAAACGAGAUCAGGAAUUGAAAUUACCGUUGAACGAUUCAAUAUCAGUGAAUAUUAAUGAUUUGUGCGCAAAAACAACCCUUCGAAUCGCUUCAUCAAUUGAUGAGGACAGCAUCACUAUUAAUGGCCAAAGGGUUGAUCUCAGUAAAGAUGAACGAUUCUCGAAAUGUUUCGCCGAAGUGAGACGGAUCAUCCGCAAACGAUCGAUAAAAGGUGAUGGCGAUACGCAGUCUGAUAAGCGAUGUUUCCACAAGUUUGAAAUUUCGUCCGAAACAAAUUUCCCAAUAGAGGCUGGUUUGGCAUCAUCGGCGGCUGGUUUUGCUGCGAUUGCAUUCGCUUUUGGCCAUCUCUACAAACUUAGCAACGAUUUGGUAUUACAAAUCGCCAGAUUAGGCUCAGGUAGUGCGUGUCGUAGUCUUUAUGAAGGUUUCGUUCAUUGGAAGGUGGGACGAAGCUCGGAUGGAUCUGAUUGUACGUGCGAGACAAUAGCACCCGCAGAUAAAUGGAAUUCAUUGCGUGCGCUUAUUUUGGUCACAUCCAGUAAAUCGAAACACAUUGGCAGUACGAAGGGAAUGCAGAGAAGCGUUGAAACUUCUGAAUUAUUAAAAUAUCGCGUCGAAGAAAUUGUACCGAAACGGGUCACAAGAUUGAUCAAAGCGAUCCAGUCGAAUGAUUUCGAUGAAUUAGCCACCGUAACAAUGGGCGAUAGUAAUCAACUGCAUGCAAUUUGUUUGGAUACUGCACCACCAUUAAAGGUUCGAUCAGCUUUGCUUUAA